GAGAAUUGGGGAAAUUUUUUCAGACUCUGCAACAAGAAACAGUAUUUUGGGUUCUCUGAAUUCAUUGAAGUUGAAAUCAAUUGCAACGCAACGCAACAAUCAUUAAUAUAAUAAAAAUAAUUAAUCUGAGAGAGAGAGAGAAAAAAAAAAAGAGGCGAUGAGGGGUGAGAGAAAGUCGAUCCACGCAAUCACGACAUGGGUGAGGCGACAACCACCAAAGGUGAAGGCUUUUCUUGCCGUCGUUUCCGGUAUGGCGGCUCUCGUGCUCCUCCGUUUCAUUGUUCACGAUCACGAUAACCUUUUCGUCGCUGCUGAGGCCGUUCACUCCCUUGGAAUAUCCGUUCUCAUCUACAAGCUCAUCAAAGAGAAGACAUGUGCCGGAUUAUCGCUCAAAUCCCAGGAGUUAACAGCUAUGUUUUUAGCUGUUAGGCUGUAUUGCAGUUUUGUCAUGGAAUAUGAUAUACACACCUUACUUGAUUUGGCUACUUUGGGAACAACACUAUGGGUUAUAUAUAUGAUUCGUUUUAACUUGAAGUCUAGUUACAUGGAAGAGAAGGACAAUUUUGCAAUAUACUAUGUGGUGGUACCCUGUGCUGUGUUAGCCUUGUUUAUUCAUCCAUCAACUUCUCAUCAUUUAUUGAACAGGAUUUUCUGGGCAUUCUGUGUAUAUUUGGAAGCUGUGUCAGUACUACCCCAACUGCGAGUCAUGCAGAACACCAAAAUUGUUGAACCAUUUACAGCACAUUAUGUAUUUGCACUGGGUGUCGCAAGAUUCCUGAGCUGUGCUCAUUGGGUUCUCCAGGUGUUAGAUAGUCGUGGGCAUUUGUUGGUUGCCUUGGGAUAUGGUCUAUGGCCGUCGAUGGUUCUUAUCUCAGAAAUCGUCCAGACUUUUAUCUUAGCAGAUUUCUGUUACUAUUAUGUCAAAAGUGUUUUCGGGGGACAGCUUGUUCUCCGCCUUCCCUCUGGAGUGGUGUGAUUGAAGAUUCACUUCAUUGCAUACUUGCAUUUAAAUUAACUUAAUCGAUGGUUAUCAUUGUUGGAGCCCAUAUUGUGUUGACAAAGUUUGGCUCCUUGGAAGAAGCUGGUUCUUUGUAACGUUGGGGAUGAAGGAAAACUAGAUAUUUAUGUUUAAGGUACAGUCUUUGUAGUUGGAAAUGCUUUGCACAUGACGACUCUAUUUGCUUAGGUUCUGGGAGUUCAGUUCUUAAUGUAACCAUUCCUCGUGCUCAAGUUCUAAUUAUAAAGUGAUGUAUGUGUUACUGUAAGUAGCUUUACUCAGCCUAUGAGGGAGUCGAAAUGAAUUUGCUUUUAAUAGAGUCAUUAUUGU